AACAUCCCAACAUCGACAACAACCGCUCCUUGUCCUACAUAGUUGAGCAACAGCUCAUGAUCCUGCCACAGUGUGCUCACCCUUCUGAGUUCCUGGUGGGGCAGAGAGAUUCGAAUUCUGAGCUUGCAGCCAAAUUAUUUCCACUCGCAGUGUCACCUACCCUUCACCCUACUCGCUACUGUUUGUGAUUUAGCGCCUGGUCAAUCAUUACUGAUGACGCAACCGCCCACGACGCUUCCAGCCUCACCUCCUAUAGCUGUAUGCGUACCUGUAUGCAGUCUUGGCACCUCUUGACUGCCUGGAAGACCUCUCACCUCUCUCUCGCCGUGAUAUUUCCCCCUCCAAAAGCCCUGCUUUGAGAUACAACUUCGGCAUCACUGUCAAUACAACACGAGGCAAUAAUCCCGGGCAAUAUUCCCCGCACCACCGCAGUGUGGCACAUCUCUCGGUCAUGGUCACCCGCAAGCCAUUGCCCGAUGAUGCUGCCGUGGACCCAGCCGUUGGCCCGCAGCUUCGAAUGCAAGAUAUGAGGCAAGAGCUCUGGUCGGCGACCGAAUCCGAGGCAAGUGGUGAUCAGAUAUGGGGGGACGAAACACCGAGGAACAAGGAGCAGUCACAGAGAGGGGCCACCACGGCGGAGGAUAUACCGAACUCACUACGCCCGGGCCUCCCGGCCAACUAUUCCAACUUCUCGAACUUGGAUACCGAGCCCAACGUAUGGGGCGAGCCGAGCAACCCCACCACCGCCUCUGAGCACAGCAAACAUGGGAAGACAGACUCGAACGCGGUGCCCGCCAUUUUGCGGCCCGGUGGUGGUGUGGCUCCCCUCUCUGAAACAAACCCGUUCAAGAGAAAGCUCCCAGACGGAGCUACUCAGGAGUCCAGCAACCUACCACCAACGCUGCCGAACAGCGCGCCCCCGGCCGGUCCCGCGGCUGCGCUCGCUCCCCCGACAUUGCCAUUCUCCGAGCUGAGCUUGAACGAGACAAGUACCAACAACCCCUGGCAACCUGCCUUAGAUGAGAAGAGGUUGGACUCGGCACCUCCGGCGAUGCCAACUGCCCCUGAACCAGAGCUGCCAGAGUAUACUUGGGACUUGGGCGAACCCUCGCGCCAACCCUCUACAGGUCCACCGCCGGCGUCACCCGCGCUAAUAUCGCUGCCGUCUGAUGCAGAUUCUGCCGCUUGGGAUGAGGAAAGACCGAAGCCAGAACCUUCGCCACUGUCUCUCCCGCAUCAUGACGAGGGUCUCGGAGACUCUCAUGCUUGGGACGAUCUUGGGAGCCUGGACAAGCCGAAGACUGGCGCGAAGGCUCCGUCAGUACUCGGUGGAGGGUCGACCGGACUAAUCGAUGACUGGAACCUAAUAGACGUUGAUGCACCUCCGCCGGCGCAUCCUCCAAAGCAAAGCAUACCGGAGAGGCCUGAAGGUGUCGAAGAUGGGACCUCGACAGCGACAUUGCCGGCACAACAAGAGACUCCGGAGCAGCCACCAAGUGUCCCUCCUGGCCCGUCGGCGGAACAACCUCCGGCCCCGCCACCACGACCAGCUCCGGCUGGAAUGACCGAAACUUAUCAGAUCAAGAAAAUCACCUGGUACGACGUGAACGCUGCGAAUAACCCGCGGAACUCACCCAUCCUCGUUCAAAAUGCCAACGGCCCCUGUCCUCUUGUCGCUCUGGUUAAUGCGCUGACCCUCACGACACCCGCGGGGACUAACACGGCAUUGGUUGAGACGCUGCGAUCGCGGGAACAAGUCAGCCUGGGCCUGCUCCUGGACGCGGUCUUUGACGAACUCAUGUCUCCGAGGCGGAACAAUCCAGAAGUCUCGCUCCCCGACGUGACUGAGCUCUACGCCUUCCUUCAGGGGCUGCAUACGGGGAUGAAUGUAAAUCCACGCUUCAUCCCGACCCCGGAGGUGAUCAAGGCGUUCAAGCGCACGUCCUUGACGCACCUUCACCCGACCGAACGAGGAGACAUGAUUCCGGGUUCCUUCGAGGAUACAAAGGAGAUGAGGCUAUAUUCUACUUUUUCGGUCCCCUUGAUCCACGGCUGGCUACCCCCGAAGGCUGAUGCUGAAUAUGGGGCACUUGAAAGGCGAGCGGUCUCGUACGAAGACGCCCAAAACCUGUUAUUCAGGGAGGAGGAACUAGAAGAGAAGCUGAGCAACAACUCGCACGAGGGCCUCACGGAAGAAGAGCAGGAGAUAUAUCAAGAUAUCUUCACCAUCAAGUCCUUCCUCGACAUGUUUGCUACUCAACUCACGCCUUGGGGGUUGGACGUGAUUCGGAAAGCGAUGAAUCCCGGGUCUGUGGCGAUCCUGUUUAGGAACGACCACUUCUCGACUCUCUACCGCCACCCCCAGACGCUUGAAUUGCUUACUCUCGUUACGGACGCAGGUUAUGCAGAGCACCCCGAGAUAGUGUGGGAGUCACUAGUUGACGUCAAUGGCGAGCACGCCGAGUUCUUCUCGGGUGAUUUCCGCCUGGUUGGCGGCGCCGGCCAUCACCAGCAGGAACGGCCAGCUUCCGGCAACUUCGCCACUUCCAACGCCAGAAAUGAUGGCUGGACAGCAGUUCAGGGCCGCCAAGGCCGAGACCAACAGCAGAGUACAGGCGGAAAUGACGAGCCGCCCGUGUCCCCGAAGCACGAACAGGAAGACCGAGAUCUCGCUCUCGCGUUGCAACUGCAGGAGGAAGAGGACGAGCGGCACCGUUCGGAGCAGGCCCGCCGUCAACGGGAAAGUAGGCUGUCAGAACAGUUCAUUGAACAGCAAGGCCAGCAGCCCGCAGCCGGCUCGGGGAACAGACGAGGAGGCAGCCAAGGUGCCAGCGCCCGUGGAGCUCUCGCAGCCCCAUCAGCUCCCAACCGCCGGAGCUCGAGCAGCGUCGGUGGCCCGGUAAGCCCCGUCACGAGCAACGGCGCGCAGCUUCGGGGCGGGGCAGCGUCGAGGGGCCGGGGCGGCGUCGCGGCGCCGCAGCAGAACGUCCGCUCGCUCAUACCCCCGCCGCGCGGCGCCCAGGCGGUGAGGCGGCCGGCGGACGAGGGGCUCGACGACGCGCCGCCCAGCUACGAGCAGGCCGCCAAGCAGACGCCGUAUGUGCCGCCCGCGGGCCACCCGGCCCACCCCGGGAGCACGGGUCAGGGAUCCGGGUCGGGGACCCGGGUCUCUCCGUCGCCGCUGGUCGGACGCGCGGGCCGGUCGCCUGGUCCUGGCGGCGUGCCGGGUCGGUAUAGACAGGGCGUGCCUGUGUCGUCGGCGGCGGGGGCUGGGUCGAGCUCGGGGAGGGAUAGGGAUUGUGUCGUCAUGUGAGGAUUGGAGGCCCAGCUCAUAGAUUAAGACAGACGGGGUGACAGGUCGUCACGACAAAAUUGGGGCCAUGCAGGAUCCCCUAGGUGUGGACUUUGCCAUACCUAGGCAGAAACUGAGGGAUGAAUAAAUGUGCUAUGAUUGGCGGUGGGCGUUACUAGGUUCCUUUCGACCGCCUGCGUUUUUCAAGGGAAUCAACGUCCCCUUUUGGUUGGCCCUCCAACCUAAUUAGACAUGCUCCUUUUGUAUCAUUAUCACGAUAUCCAGAUGAGAGAGAGCAUGAGUUCAAUCAUGCUUUAGCGACAUUGGUUUAAUCCCGUCGUCAUCUGAUGCACUGGGGAGAUGGUUGUACAGUACGAAAUUAGCGAACCAGGCGAGCGGAUGGACCCUUGUAGCAAGGCGGAGAUCCCCAGUUGACAGCUUCUCCCAAUUAGAUUCCCAGGGCUUAUU